GACGGCCCGGCGCGGGCGCGGGCGUGGGGCGGCCGAGGGCUUCGGCGACGCGGAGGGUGGCAGACUCCGGACCGCGCGGGAGCCGGAGGACCACCCGGGCCUGCGCCGAGACCAUGGCAAAGGAAGAAGGACCACCUGUAGGACUGCGCCAAAGAAAAAAACCAAAGUCUUCAGAAAGUCAAAGAUCUGCCAAAGAAGAGAAAAUCAAUGACACUCCAAUUCCUGAAAGAACUCCAAAACAUAUAUUAUUUCAACGCUUUGCAAAGAUUUUCAUUGGCUGUCUUGCAGCAGUUACUAGUGGUAUGAUGUAUGCUCUCUACCUGUCAGCAUAUCAUGAACGGAAAUUUUGGUUUUCCAACAGGCAGGAGCUUGAACGGGAAAUCACAUUUAAAGGUGACAGUGCUAUUUAUUAUUCCUAUUAUAAAGAUAUGUUAAAGGCACCUUCAUUUGAAAGAGGUGUUUAUGAAUUGACACACAAUAACAAAACUGUCUCUCUGAAGACUAUAAAUGCAGUACAGCAAAUGUCUCUAUAUCCAGAACUUAUUGCCAGUGUUUUAUAUCAAGCAACUGGUAGCAAUGAGAUUAUUGAACCAGUAUAUUUUUAUAUUGGUAUUGUUUUUGGAUUACAAGGAAUAUAUGUUACUGCUUUAUUUGUUACAAGUUGGCUUAUGAGUGGAACAUGGCUAGCAGGAAUACUUACUGUUGCAUGGUUUAUUAUUAACAGGGUAGAUACAACAAGAAUUGAAUACUCUAUUCCUUUAAGAGAAAACUGGGCACUACCAUAUUUUGCAUGCCAAGUUGCUGCACUUACAGGCUAUUUAAAAAGCAACUUAAAUACCUACUCAGAGAGGUUUUGCUACUUGUUGAUGAGUGCUUCAACUUACACCUUUAUGAUGAUGUGGGAAUAUAGUCACUAUCUCUUGUUUCUUCAAGCAAUAUCUCUGUUCCUGCUAGAUAUCAUUUCCAUGGAACAAAGUGACAAGGUUUAUGAAGUAUAUAAAAUCUAUAUAUUUUCUCUCUUUGUGGGAUAUUUACUACAGUUUGAGAAUCCUGCUUUACUGGUUUCUCCUUUAUUAAGUUUAGUAGCAGCCUUAAUGCUUACUAAGUGCCUUCAGCUGAAUGUGAAGAAAGCAACUUGUAUAGCGAAAAUGAUGAAAGUGAUUAAUUUUUACCUAGUGUGUUCUCUGGCACUGACACUGAAUGUUAUAAUGAAGAUGUUUAUCACACACAAAGAAAAUGGACACAUGCUAAAAUUUCUGGAAGUAAAAUUUGGAUUAAAUAUGUCUAAGAAUUUCACAAUGAAUUGGCUCCUAUGUCAAGAAUCUCUCCAGGCACCAUCUGAAGAUUUCUUUUUACGAUUGACUCGUUCUUCUCUAUUACCAUUCUAUAUUUUAGUAUUAAUUAUUUGUCUUCUUUCUAUGAUACAAGUUUACUUUAAUGGUAUGUCUCUCAAAGAAACUCUGACUCUUGAAGAUGGACGAAUUGGAGAAAGGCCAGAAAUAAUUUAUCAUGUAAUCCACACUAUUUUAUUGGGGUCUCUUGCAAUGGUUAUAGAAGGCUUAAAAUACAUUUGGACUCCUUAUGUGUGCAUGCUUGCAGCAUUUGGUGUGUGUUCCCCUGAACUUUGGAUGACAGUUUUUAAGUGGCUUCGGUUAAGAAGUAUACAUCCAGUACUGUUGGCUCUUUUUCUGAGCAUGGUUGUACCUACUAUAAUUGGUCUCAAUUUAUGGAAAGAGUUUUUCCCCAGACUAAUGACAGAAUUGACAGAACUACAGGAAUUCUAUGACCCAGAUACAGUGGAACUUAUGACCUGGAUAAAAAGGCAAGCUCCAGUGGCAGCUGUGUUUGCAGGAAGUCCACAGUUAAUGGGUGCAAUUAAGUUGUGCACUGGAUGGAUGGUGACGAGCUUGCCUCUUUACAACGAUGAUGAUCUUCUCAAGAGAAAUGAAAAUAUAUAUCAAAUCUAUUCCAAGCGACCUGCUGAAGAUAUUUAUAAAAUACUGACGUCUUACAAAGCUAACUACCUAAUUGUAGAAGACUCUAUCUGCAAUGAGAUGGGAACCAUGAGUGGCUGUAGAGUUAAAGAUUUAUUAGAUGUUGCAAAUGGCCAUGUGGUUUGUGAAGAAGGUGACAGGUUAACCUAUUCAAAAUAUGGACGGUUUUGUCAUGAGGUCAAAAUUAACUAUUCUCCAUAUGUGAAUUAUUUCACUAGAGUAUACUGGAACAGGUCCUACUUUGUAUAUAAAAUCAACACUGUGAUCUCCUUCCAAUCUUGAAAAGUAACAGAGCCUUCAUUUCAAAGACUGAAGCUACUUGAAGUAAAUGUGAUUUUCUUCUACCUAUGUGGUGUCUGUUGCAGAUCAGAGUGUGGACAUUCAAAGUGCUGCUGCUGCUUCCUCUCUUGCUAUUAACUAUGUCCAAGGUUUUGAGCGAAAUAGAUCAAGAAUUAACUUUUAGUAAAAUGUCAAAUCUACUCUGCAAUAUUCCAGACAGUUCCUUCCUUAUUAUUACAUGGUCUUUAAAGAUUUCCCUACUGCAGUGUUUCUCCAUAAAUCUUCAUUCUAUCAUAAUAUUGAUCUUGAAUAUGUUCAAGCUCAAAAUCUAUUUCAUAUACAUAAUAUUUAAUGAAUAUUUAUUAUUAUAAUAGAAGGAAAGAUCACUUUUCAAACAAGUUUCUCAAGCUAUUUAAUGGCUUUAUAACAAUUAAAAUUCUAUAAUAAAAUGAUAAUUUAAACAGUAGUUGAAAACAUGACAUUUGAAUUGAAAUUAUAUAAAGGAAAGUGAUUUUGAGGAUAUACAUAAAUAAAUAUCCAGAAUUUUCCAUAAAACUGCUCUUAUCAUUUGCUGCUUAUGUGAGACUUUCUUAGAAAUGGUGCAUGUUAUUGUAUUUUAUGACUAUUGAUUGCCUAUUUUUCACUUAUGCCCAUUAAGUUUAUUACAAUUUACUCAUUAUAAAACAAUAAUUCUUUUUACCUCUAUGUGUGUAUUUUCAAAUAGUCAUUUAAAAGAAUGUUCAGAUUUUAAAGUAUAAAGUAUAGGGUAUAUAGUAUAUUCGUGUUUUCUAUGGUAGUAUGAAGUGAAAUAAAAAAAAUCCUUGUCAGAAUAAGUACACUACAAUGAAGAUCUGUUUCUGGAAGUAUAUACAGCUGCUGUUAAACAUAUACCUGCAUACAUGUAUGUUUGUUUUCAAAAGAAAAUUAUAUUUGUGAAACUGGGAUACAGUGUCAUUGUUAGAGCAAAGUAACCAUUAUAUUUUCAAAUGCAAAUUCACAGUACAAAUGCUAUGAAUUUUUAAGUAUUUUCAUAUUCAUUUAUUAAAAGAAAAAUAAUUAAUUUGACCUUUUAAAGAGAUUCAUGAUAGAUGUAGCCUGUAGAUCAUUUUAGUGUAAGAUACAUUUUUAGUUUUAUCUUAUACACUGUUCAGUGAAAAGGUUUUUACAUGUUUCACUUGUUAUUGUAAAAAUUGCCUUCUUUAGAACUCAAAGUAACAUCAUCUUUAUUUUUUUAAUUAAAAAAAAAAUUCUGCCAAGUGCUGGUGGCUCAUACCUGUACUCAGGAGGCUGACAUCCUAGAAUCAAGGUUUGUAGCCAGCCAGGACAGGAGUGUAUAUGAAACUCAUCUCAGAUUAAAAACCAAAACGUCAGAGGGGAGCUAUGGCUCAAGUUGUAGAGUACUGGCCUUGAGCAAAGAACCUCAGGCAUAGUGCUCAUGCCCUGAGUUCAAGUCCCAGGACUGGCACACAAAAAAUGUUUUUAAGUACAUGAUUUCUUAGAGUAACUCUACCCAUAACAGUUUCAUUAUAUAAAAUAGUAACUCUUAUAACCUCUAUGUAUCUAUUUUUUUAUUGUUAUAAAGGUAAUUUACAGAGGGAUUAUAGUUGUAUAAGUCAGGUAAAGAGUACAUUUCUUUUUUGACAAUGUCACUACUUUUCUUGCUCUCUUCUAGUUUUUUAUGCAUAUACUUUAAAUGGUUAUUUGGGCUUAAUUGUUUGAUAGCAGUGUCAUACAACUGAUGCAUUUGUUUCAUUGGUUCUCAUUUUGCAUUGCUUAACUAAAGGGAACUAUGGACAGUGUUUUCCAGAUUGACUCUACAUCUUAGUAGUAAACCACAAUACUUAGUAUUGAAUUUUAUGAAAGAUGACCAUAGCUACCUGAGUACACAGUGAGUAGUCACAUGGUAGUACUUGUGAUAACAGCAUGCCAAACAAUGCAACAAUGCAUAUUCAAAAAGAGAAAUAGAACAUCCUACUUCUUAUGUAGUAGGUAACAACUGAAUUUUUAUUGCUGUAUUUUGAUUACAUGUGUUGAGUUACUUUUGGUGGUUAUGUUUUGUUUUUUUUGUUUGCCAUAUUACUAAGCUCUUGUACUUUUGUCAGCUUUUUUCUUAAAUAGUUUUGGAAAUUUUUUAACUGAGUUUUCAAGAUAACUAUUUUUUUAUUAAUCAAUUGAAAGGGAAAAGUAACAUUUAUUCUGGAAGUAAUGAUACUGCAUAUGAGAAGGCUUAUUUGCUUCUGUGUUCACUGUAGUUAAAACAAAAGUACUAGACAAUUUUGAGUUAGAAGCAUGUGUUUCCUUAUUUUUAGAGUAACAAAUUAUUAAGAAUAUGCAAGUACCUAUUACAUGUCGUAACUGAAUAGGUGUUAAGUUUAACAACAAAGAUCUAUUAAAGGAAUAAAAUUCAUGGGUCUUGGGAUGAAGGACUUUCUCUAAAAGAAAAAACCCAAAACAACCAUAAAACAUACUUUGUCCUUGAUAGGCAAACCCAGUAAGAUAAGUGCCUUAAAUUCUUUAUUUCUAAGUUUAGUUUCUGUUUUCCUCAAAAUAGCCAUUUUCUUUCCCCUAACAAAAUGUUAAAUCUUUCCUUAUAAAUCAAAGGAGCGGAACUGGCAGUAUAGCACAGUCUUAGAGCCCUUCCCUAGUAUAACUGAAGCCCUAGGUUUGAUUCUCAACAAUACAAUACUAUAAAAAUAAAAAAUCUUCCCUAUGCUAUUGUCACUACUAACUUCGAUUCAAUAACAAAUCUUUGCUAAGUAUGAUAUACUCCUAAAUGAAUUUAGCUUUCCAAAUGCCAAAUAGUCAACAAAUGAAGCAUAUUUAAUAAGUUAUGUAAUAUUGACUUGAUAUCUAUAUCUUGGUGCUUUUUGUUAGACUGGUAUAGUUUUAUAACCUAAGGAAUACGUGUUGUACUUCACUCAUUUUUUUCUUAACUACUUUUGUAUACAUAGAUUUUUUUUUUCUUUUUAGGACAUUUAACCCAAAUUGUGAAUGGCCUCAUGUUCUCACACUUCAUUCCAUAUAGUCCACAUUGAUUCAAAGAAUAGUCAAGAUAGGAGCUAAAAGUGUGUUAUAAUUUGUGGCCAAAAUACUUAAAGUAGAUUAUUAGCCAGGCACCAGUGCCUUGUGCCCAUAAUCCUAGAUAUUAAGAGAGCUGAGAUCUGGGAAUCAUGAUUUUAAGGCAGGCGAGGCACAAAAGUCCUGGAGACUCUUAUCUCCAGUUAACUAGAAAAAACCUGGACUAGAGGUAUGGCUCAAGUAGUAGAGCAAUAGUGGUGAGCAGAAACAGCAGAGCAAAAGUACAAGGUCUUGAGUUUAAGCCCUGAUACCAGCACUAAAUAAACAAACAAGAUUAUUAAAAUUUCUUAAAUAGCUAUCUUAAGUUCCUUUAUUGCAGAGAAAUCAAUUUUUUCAGCCUCUUCUAUUUUUGAACUAUUAAAACAUGUCUUGUGUGGAUAAAAGUAGUGCCUCUUCAAAUGGUGGGAUUUUAAAAAGUUGUAAAUAGACUGAUCUUUUGGCAAAUUUAUUUUUCAUGCAUGAAUAUUUAAAGGAUAUGUUGCAAAUUAUUUUGUGUCUUUAAGAACCUUUUGAUAAAACAAAUAACUACUUUCCAAUUUACAUCUCAUUGUAUUCUCCAUCUGUCCAAUUUUUAAAAUGUACAGUCUCUAUUGUUGGUAUUUGUAAUUAUUUUAGAUCUCAGUCUGAAAGUUGAAGUAAAAUCAAAUAAUUUCUUAUUGAAAAUACUGUGUGUAGAGUUAAUACUUUAAAAAAAAUUAGAUGUGAAAAUUGCAAAGGAAUAUAUAAUAUGACUCAACUAUUUUCUGUCUGUUAAAACUUCUAAACAUUACAUUUAUUUGUUUCCAUAAUAAAAAGGAUAUUCUGGAACCAGA